CAACAUUGUGUUUUUUCUUUUUGACACUAAAAAAGAAUACGAUAUCAUCUGAUCUCUUAAGCACAAGUGGUAUAGAUCAACAUAACCACAUAAUUAAAAGAUAAAAUGACUUAAUUUAAAAAAGAGAAUACCAAAACUGUAAAUCCUCGUAUAAUCUUUUUCUAUUUUCGUGUCUUCAUGAAAAAUUCCAAAUGAGACUGGGCAACUCAUUGCUGCAAUUGCUUCAAUUUCAGUUAAGUAAUAUAUGAUUAAUCAUCUUAAAACAAAAUUAAAAAAAAGGGAGAAAUCAAAUCCUCACCAACCGCGGACUUAUAGUUUGGUAAGGGAUGGUAUGCCCGAUUGCUAAUCCCAUAGCGACGUUCUAUGGCCUCUGUUUUUUUUUUUAAUACGUUGUAACAUCCCGAACCUUUUUCCGACAAAAUACUGUUUGCUUUGGGUCUCUAUACCAGUAGAAAUUUCGAUUUGGACUGCAAUUUAGGGUGAUUUCCCAUAAGGUCACCCAUCCUUGUUGUACUCCACACUGAGCACGUUUAACUUCGGAGUUCUCACAAGAAAUCCUCCAUCGUAACAUCCCGAACCUUUUUCCGACAAGAUACUGUUCGCUUUGGGUCUCUACACCCGUAGAGAUUUCGACUUGGAGUGCAAUUCAAACUGACUUCCCAUAAGGUCACCCAUCCUUGUUGUACUCCACACUGAGCACGUUUAACUUCGGAGUUCUCACAAGAAAUCCUCCAUCACACCCCACAACGCGUCUUGUCAGUUAAGGUCGGUUUUCUACCCCCUGAGACUCAACGCCCUCGUUGAGGUUUGCCCCACCAUUGUUCAAGAGGGACGCGAAGAGGCUCUGAUACCACUUGUAACAUCCCGAACCUUUUCCCGACAAAGAUAUUGUCCGCUUUGGGCCUCGACCCUCACGGUUUUCGACUUGGGGUGCAAUUCAAGGUGACUUCCCAUAAGGUCACUCAUCCUUGUUGUACUCCACACAGAGCACGUCUCACAAGAACUCCUCCAUCACACCCCACAACGCGUCUUGUCAGUUAAGGUCAGUUUUCUACCCCCUGAGACUCAACGCCCUCGUUGAGGUUUGCCCCACCAUCGUUCAAGAGGGACGCGAAGAGGCUCUGAUACCACUUGUAACAUCCCGAACCUUUUCCCGACGAAGAUGUUGUCCGCUUUGGGCCUCGACCCUCACGGUUUUCAACUUGGGGUGCAAUUCAAGGUGACUUCCCAUAAGGUCACCCAUCCUUGUUGUACUCCACACGGAGCACGUCUCACAAGAACUCCUCCGUUUUACCCCCAAACAGUUAAGGUCGAUUUCCUAUUUAUGAACCAUGGAUCUCUCUCGUGCUUUGUCGAUGUGGGAUUCGCCUAAAGUGUUACAGACGUUCUAUUCUAUGACUUUUGAUUCGGUCAAUAAUUAUGUAAACUAGUAUAUUGGGUUGGACCAAGAGGGAACCCGGCGUGGCUGGGCCGACCUCAAUAGGCCUUUCUGGUUUGUUAGAGUCCAACUCAACACGAAGCCCAAUUUCCUUUCCUCGAGAAGCCCAAUAUUUCAAAUUUGAGUUUCCCCUUGCCAAUUGCAUGCCGCGCCUGUCGAUCUGCCCCGCUCCAAUUAUUCUUCCCCUUUUGACUGCGAGUUGAAUCAGGUCCUUCAACGGGAAACUACGGAAGUGCAGCGAUGUCGGCGAAGAAACAACGGGCAGCCCGCAAGACCGUCACCAAACCGCCGGCGUGGCAGGAGAUUAUCACUCUGUCCGACUCGGACAGCGAACGUACUCCAGCAAGAACCGUUUUCUGCCUCAACGUGAAGAAUGACAUUGACGUUCGCAAGUUCGACGCCAUGGAGGACUGCUUCAUCCUCGAUUUCGACCCGUACGAUCAACCCGCCGCCGAUCGGAAAGUCGAAAUCGUCGGCCCGGAAACCGAAAUCGCACUGAUUUCCGAGAAGGGUCAGGUGGCUUGUAGAGAUUAUCCCCAUGCUAGGCAUCUCUGUGCAAAGUUCCCAUUCGAGAGAACUCCCCACCAGAAAUAUUGUUCCCUGUGUUACUGCUAUGUUUGUGAUACGGCUGCUCCCUGCGCGUUAUGGGAAGUGGGAACAUCGCAGCAUUGCCAUGCCAUGGGCCAGGUCGCUGCUUGGCAAGUGGAAAGAGACAGGAUGCGAACUCGACGAUGCUUGGGCUUGGCUUCCAAGAUUCGGUAGUGACGUAGUGUAGUCAGUUAGAACGAUGCUGUUGCUUAGUUCUGCUUGACCGUAUUCUGAGACCACUGCUUGUGAGUAGCUUCAUUCAGAGCUCCCCUUAAGGAAGGCCGGCUGGUUCUCAAGGUAGAAUUUGACUUCAUCCUUGUUUUGUUGGUUUCCUUUUGCCAGCAGUUUGCUGGUUUUUCAAUUCAUGAUGAGAAAGUUGAGAUCACUCAACUUGUCACUGUCAACUGGCUCUGUCUGUAGUUAGGGGAAGCUUUUUGUAUCUGCUGCUUAAAAAAACAAGCAGAAGACGAUGGUCUUCUUUCAGUUAGCUACUUUCAUGCUUUGUCUAUAAAAAUUGCAGGCUCUUGAGUUGUUUCUCCUCUAUGAAUUUGGCUUCUACUGGCCACUGGUUUUCCUUUUGUCUCAAUGUGUCGUGAAAGCUCUUGCCUUGACUACAAUUGAUCCUGCAACUAAUAAGAUUCACUUGCUUUCGGAUCAUCCAAACAUGGCAGUUGUGGUGGUUUUUGGAGUAUCACUAGGCAACCGUCUUGGUUUCUAGUUGUAUGUGGAAUGUCUAGAACACAGGGGAUGGGAUUAGGUGCUAACCCUUAUAAGGGUUAGCACCGUGAUAACUAGCAAAAAACGCUACUAAAAAUA